GGUCACGUGACCGGGCCCGGCGGCCGCUGGGGCCGGAGGGCGCGGCGCGGGGACGCGGCGGCCUGGCCAGGCGGGGCCGGAGCCGAGCAGGCCGGAGCGGGCCGCGCGCCGGGGAGGGUCGCGCCGCGCCCGCCCCCUCCCCGCCGCGCCCGGGGCGCACGCGCGCUCCUCUCGCCGCCCCUCCCUCCGCGUGGGGACCCCUGGCGGGCGGCACGAGGACAUGGCCAGCGACGCCGUGCAGUCCUGCUGAUGGCCUGCCGGCCUUGCCGAGGAGCUGGGCGUAUCUGGUGUUGCCGAUCACACAAGAGUGAGCCUCGAAGCUGGUCCCUGCUGGAGCAGCUGGGCCUGGCUGGGGCGGACCUGGCGGCCCCCGGGGUGCAGCAGCAGCUGGAGCUGGAGCGGGAGCGGCUGCGGCGGGAAAUCCGCAAGGAGCUGAAGCUGAAGGAGGGUGCUGAGAACCUGCGGCGGGCCACCACCGACCUGGGCCGCAGCCUGGGUCCUGUGGAGCUGCUGCUUCGGGGCUCCUCCCGCCGCCUCGACCUGCUGCACCAGCAGCUGCAGGAGCUGCACGCCCAUGUGGUGCUGCCCGACCCAGCAGCCACCAACGAUGGCCCCCAGUCCCCGGGUGCAGGUGGCCCUGCCUGCUCGGCCACCAACCUGAGCCGCGUGGCGGGCCUGGAGAAGCAGUUGGCCAUUGAGCUGAAGGUGAAGCAGGGGGCAGAGAACGUGAUCCAGACCUACAGCAAUGUCAGCACUAAGGACCGGAAGCUGCUGCUGACAGCCCAGCAGAUGUUGCAGGACAGUAAAACCAAGAUAGACAUCAUCCGCAUGCAACUCCGCCGGGCGCUGCAGGCCGGCCAGCUGGAGAGCCAGGCGGCCCCCGAUGAGACCCAAGGAAGUCCUGACCUUGGGGCCGUGGAGCUGCGCAUCGAAGAGCUGCGGCACCACUUCCGAGUGGAGCACGCGGUGGCCGAGGGUGCCAAGAACGUACUGCGCCUGCUCAGCGCUGCCAAGGCCCCGGACCGCAAGGCUGUCAGCGAGGCCCAGGAGAAAUUGACAGAAUCCAACCAGAAGCUGGGGCUGCUGCGGGAGGCUCUGGAGCGGAGGCUCGGGGAGCUGCCCGCCGACCACCCCAAGGGGCGGCUGCUGCGAGAAGAGCUCGCUGCAGCCUCAUCUGCCGCCUUCAGCGCCCGCCUGGCGGGUCCCUUCCCCGCCACUCACUACAGCACCCUGUGCAAGCCCGCGCCGCUCACAGGGACCCUGGAGGUACGCGUGGUGGGCUGCAGAGACCUCCCAGAGAGCAUCCCCUGGAACCCUACACCCUCAGUGGGGGGACCUGGGACCCCAGACAGCCGCCCCGCCUUCCUGAGCCGUCCAGCCCGGGGCCUUUACAGCCGAAGUGGAAGCCUCAGUGGCCGCAGCAGCCUCAAAGCAGAAGCAGAGAACAGCAAUGAAGUCAGCACUGUGCUUAAGCUGGAUAACACGGUGGUGGGGCAGACGUCUUGGAAGCCGUGUGGCCCCAACGCGUGGGACCAGAGCUUCACCCUGGAGCUCGAGAGGGCGCGGGAACUGGAGUUGGCAGUGUUCUGGCGGGACCAGCGGGGCCUGUGUGCCCUCAAAUUCCUGAAGUUGGAGGAUUUCUUGGACAAUGAGAGGCAUGAGGUGCAGCUGGACAUGGAACCCCAGGGCUGCUUGGUGGCCGAGGUCACCUUCCGCAACCCUGUCAUUGAGAGGAUUCCUCGGCUCCGACGGCAGAAGAAAAUUUUCUCCAAGCAGCAAGGGAAGGCAUUCCAGCGCGCUAGGCAGAUGAACAUCGACGUCGCCACGUGGGUGCGGCUGCUCCGGAGGCUCAUCCCCAACACCACCUUCAGCCCUGGGGCUUCUCCGGGAUCCGAGGCUCGGACCACCAGUGACAUAUCAGUGGAGAAGCUGAACCUCGGCACCGACUCAGACAGCUCACCCCAGAAGAGCUCGAGGGAUCCUCCUUCCAGCCCAUCAAGCCUGAGCUCCCCGAUCCAGGAAUCCUCCACCACUCCUGAGCUGCCUUCGGAGACCCAGGAGACCCCAGGCCCCGCCCUGUGCAGCCCUCUGAGGAAGUCACCUCUGACCCUCGAGGAUUUCAAGUUCCUGGCGGUGCUGGGCCGGGGUCACUUUGGGAAGGUGCUGCUCUCCGAAUUCCGGUCCAGCGGGGAGCUGUUCGCCAUCAAGGCUUUGAAGAAAGGGGACAUUGUGGCCCGAGACGAGGUGGAGAGCCUGAUGUGUGAGAAGCGGAUCUUGGCAGCAGUGACCAGCGCAGGACACCCCUUUCUGGUGAACCUCUUUGGCUGUUUCCAGACACCGGAGCACGUGUGCUUCGUGAUGGAGUACUCGGCUGGCGGGGACCUGAUGCUGCACAUCCACAGUGACGUGUUCUCCGAGCCCCGUGCCAUCUUUUAUUCUGCCUGCGUGGUGCUGGGCCUGCAGUUUCUUCAUGAACACAAGAUCGUCUACAGGGACCUGAAGUUGGACAAUUUGCUCCUGGACACUGAGGGCUACGUCAAGAUCGCGGACUUUGGUCUCUGCAAGGAGGGGAUGGGCUAUGGGGACCGGACCAGCACAUUCUGUGGGACCCCAGAGUUCCUGGCCCCUGAGGUGCUGACGGACACGUCGUACACGCGGGCCGUGGACUGGUGGGGGCUGGGCGUGCUGCUCUACGAGAUGCUGGUUGGCGAGUCCCCAUUCCCAGGGGAUGACGAGGAGGAGGUCUUUGACAGCAUCGUCAAUGACGAGGUUCGCUACCCCCGCUUCCUGUCUGCCGAAGCCAUCGGCAUCAUGAGAAGGCUGCUGCGGAGGAGCCCAGAGCGGAGGCUGGGAUCCAGCGAGAGAGACGCGGAGGAUGUGAAGAAACAGCCCUUCUUCAGGACUCUGGGCUGGGAAGCCCUGUUGGCGCGGCGCCUACCACCGCCCUUUGUGCCCACGCUGUCUGGCCGCACCGACGUCAGCAACUUCGAUGAGGAGUUCACUGGGGAGGCCCCCACACUGAGCCCGCCCCGCGACGCAAGGCCCCUCACAGCGGCGGAGCAGGCGGCCUUCCUGGACUUCGACUUCGUGGCCGGAGGCUGCUAGCCCCUUCCCCUGCCCCUGCCCCUGCCCCUGCCCCUGCCCCUGCCCGAGAGCUCCAGUUUUUAAAAAGGCCUUUGGGAUUUGCCCGAUCCAUG